AUGGCGGAAGAGUCGCCCGACUACAAAACGCUCUAUUUCGAGGAGCAGAGCCGACGACAGGAGGAACAGCGUCGAUGGCAGGAGGAACAGCGUCGAUGGCAGGAGGAACAACGUCGACGCGAAGAAGCGGAGCGGGCCCAAGAGCAGGCUGAAUUUAGCACUCGGAAAAGCACUCUACCCGAAUAUCUCGAUGCCUGCCACAAUUACCUGCAUUCCGGCCUCACCGUCCAGACCGAUGCAACCAGGUCGACACGGGGUGACCCUGCCAACGCGAACAACAAGCUUCGAGCCGAGAAGCUGCUCGAGUAG